AUGACUGCCCUGCCUCAUGCUACCCGUGGGGCCUCCCGAGCCGCCCGACAGCCGAGCCGCCCAGCACCGUGCAGCCGAGCCGCCCAGCAGCCGAGCCGCCCAGCAGCCGAGCCGCCCGACAGCCGAGCCGCCCUGCACCAGCAGCCGAGUCACCCAGCAGCCGAGCCGCCCAGCAGCCGAGCCGCCCUACAGCCGAGUCGCCCGACAGCCGAGCCGCCGAGCAGCCCGAUUGCUCCACCUACCUGGGUCGGGCAGUGGACUUUUGAGGUCUGGGUAGAUGAUCUGCAGCUUUUCCUGCAGUGCGAUAGGGCAGACGGCCUCUCCCUGUUUGACCUCACUUCUGGUGCCUCCCCUGCCCUUGCUGCUGAUGCUGACGCCACUGUUCGCUCACAGUGGGCCACACGUGACGCUGCUGCUCGCCUUACUGUGCGCCGCCACUUACCGACCACUGAGCGUGCACACUUUAGCCAGUACAAGAGUGCUCAGACCUUGUACGAAGCUGUAGUUGCAUGCUACUCUUCCCCUGCCACUGCUGCACUGAGCCGCCUCAUGCUAUUGUACCUCUUCAUUGACCUUGUUGCCUUUCCCACUGUUGCUGACCUCAUUACGCACCUCCGCACUUGUGACACUCGCUACCGCGCUGCGCUUCCUGCUGAGUUCUGUGCCAAGACCCCCCCCCCCAUGUACAUCACCCUCUACUACAUAGUCACCCGUCUCCCUGACUCUCUCCGUGUAGUCAGGGACCACUUCCUCUCAGUUUGCCCCACCACCCUCACCGUUGACCUCCUCGAGAAGGCCCUCCUAGCAGCGGAGAAGAGCAUAGUUGCUGUAGGAGCCUCUCGUGGUGACCCUCGCACCCCCAUCUUUGAGGUGUGUUCUCCCUCCCCCCUCUUGCCCUCUGUUGCCUCUGCUGCUACGGCUGACCUUGUUGGUUUCGAGUCGGUCGGCGCUGCGUCUGCCCCGAGCGGGAGACGCCGCACCGGCAAGGGCAAGGGGGGCAAGGGCACUGGAGGAGGUGGAGGGGGCGGUGGAGGUGGUGGUGGAGGCGGUGGAGGGAGUGGGGUUGGUGGUGGGAGUGGUGCUGGGGGUGGCGGCGGCGGCGGCAGCAGUGGAGGCGGCGGAGGCGGUGGAGGUGGAGGAGGGAGCGGAGGCGGCGGAGGUAGCGGAAGCGGCGGAGGUAGUGGAGGAGGCGGAGGUGGAGGAGGCGGCGGUGGCGGCGGAGGCGGCGGCGGCGGCGGAGGCGGCGGUGGUGGAGCGAGUCGCGACUCUACGUCGAGGAGUGGCGCCGAUGGUGGUCAGCGCCAGCAGCAGCAACGGAGUGGUGUGACCCUGUCCCCUCAGCAGCUUCGUGAGUGGUACACUGCACGCCAGCGCGGUGGGGGUUUUGGUCCCUGCUCUUACGUUCUCCGUACCGGCGACCGCACUAGUGAGCAGUGUGGGGGUCCGCACUCCACCCAGCGCUGCUUUGGUCGACUGACGGACGCGUGGCGUUGCCAGUUGCCUGAGGCGUCAGAGAUCCCUCGCUGGGGAAAUCUGGCUAAGGCCGGGGUUGCUAUCUUUGAUCUUGACUUUGAUGCUAUUCUUGCUGCAAUGUAUGCUGUUGCUGAUAGUGUUGAGGGUGCGUGUUACCUGUGUGUACCGCCUGACCCGGGCAUUGAGGCUGCUGCGCUAGGUGCUGGUGAGACUGCUGCUCUAGGUGCUAGUGCGUCUGCUGCCCCAAGUGCCAGUGCGUCUGCCGCCCCAGGUGCUGGUGAGUCGGCUCUCUCAGGUACUACGUCGGCUCAGGCCUUCCACACCUUCACCCUAGACUCGGGUGCGUCCCGCUCCUUCUUUCGAGACCGCACCACUCUUACGCCGCUUAGUCGGCCGGUUGCAGUCUCCCUAGCAGACCCCUCUGGGGGUCCUGUCCUUGCCAGCUUCUCCACUAUCCUUCCGUGCCCUGCAGCCCCCUCUGGCACCCUGUCAGGUCUCUACCUCUCCUCGUUCUCUACGAACUUGGUGAGUGGAGCGGACCUACAGGAUCGAGGGGUUGACCAGUUCACUCCUGCGAGUCAGCGAGUGACCCACUGCAAGUGUGCUCGGACAGGCCGACACUUGGCCACGUUCACCCGUCGGCCAGGGUCGAGCCUGUACACCUCUACUCCUGAGUCUCCUCCUACUGCCGAGUCUGCCCAGGUAGCUACGUUGAGUUAG